UAAAUUUAUUUUGCUUAUUUUUUUAAAGAAAAAAACCUCUGUCCUCUGUUACUUCUUCAUCUGGGAUUUUCUCUAUUCUUUAUUCAUUAUUUAAUUUAUAUAAAACCAUUAAUACUUUAAUGGACAACAUAAAAAUAUAAACAUUUAAUAAAGUAAUGAAACAGUGCUUUUCAUUUUAUAUUAGUAUUUUAUACUCCAUGAAGAAAGGAGCAACCAAAAGAGUCCUUUUUUUCUUUUCUUUUUUUUUUGUUUUUGUCCUUCGAUUUGAAAUUCAAGGUUAAUAUUUUAAUGGGGUCUUUAAACAAAGGUGAGGUUUUCCAUUUUUCUUGGGUUUGAAGCUUUUUCUCUCUUUUAUUUUCAUUUUGUUGUUUGGUGGAAGGACACCAUUGUAUCAUUACAACUUUGGGAAUUUUAAGCCUUUUUCUUUAUUUUUGUUUUUAAUUAUGUUGUGGAACGAUGAGGGGUGCAGCAUUGUAUUAGUACACCUUUUGGAGUUUUAUUUUGUUCUAGAUUGAUGGAAGGGCGCCAUUGUUCUGGGAUUACAAGCCUUUUUCUUUCUUUCAUUUUGUUCUCAACUGAUGAAAGUGAAGGGUUUGUCAAGGGUGGAAUACUUAAAAAUAAAAGGAAUAUAGUCAAUGGCGUCAACAUCAUUCGCCAAGCAGACUCUUGUGCCUAUGAAGGAACCAGUGUCUAGCUAUACUCCAUAUCCACCUCCUCUUGCAAGAUAUGAAGAUGUUGUAACUAGUCAAAAGCAUUUCCUCGCCACUUUGGAGAAGCUCCAUGCAACUAUGGGAACAAAGUUUAUGAUCCCCAUCAUAGGAGGAAAGGAGUUGGAUUUGCACAAACUUUUCGUGGAGGUAACGUCGCGUGGUGGAAUUGAGAAGAUUGUAAGAGAGCGGAGAUGGAAGGAAGUGACUGCUGUUUUCAACUUCCCCUCCACUGCUACAAAUGCAUCUUUUGUGCUGCGGAAGUACUAUGUUUCUCUGCUUCAUCACUAUGAACAAAUCUACUUCUUUAAAGCCCGCGGUUGGAUCCCUGUUCCUUCUGAUCCUCUUCGAAACCAACUACUACAGCAGACCCCUACUCAAGGUGCAGUGCGGCCAGCCACAGAUAUUCAUUCAGCUGCUGUCCAGCAGCCAAGAAUAAAUAUUACCGAGUCGCCUGCAGUAAGGCCAACAUCGACAGCAGGCACUCCUGUGGUUGGGGUCAUUGAUGGGAAAUUUGAGAGUGGCUAUCUUGUUACUGUCACCAUUGGCUCAGAGAAGUUAAAAGGUGUCCUCUACCAGGCUCCUCAGGGUGCAGCACACCAAGUGCCACAUCAGUAUGGCGUAUUUGCUGGCAAGAGUGACAGCGCUCAUGCUUCAUCAGGGCUGCAACGUCGGAGGCGCCGGAAGAAAUCUGAGAUAAAACGGAGGGAUCCUGCUCAUCCAAAACCUAACAGGAGUGGGUAUAAUUUCUUUUUUGCUGAGCAACACGCAAGGCUGAAACCACUUCACCCUGGAAAGGACAGAGAGAUUAGUAGAAUGAUUGGUGAAUUAUGGAACAACUUAACUGAAUCAGAAAAAACAGUCUAUCAGGACAAAGCGCUCAAAGACAAAGAAAGAUAUAGGAUUGAGAUGGAGGAUUACAGGGAAAGAUUAAGGACAGGUCAAAUUAUCAGUGAUGCAGUGCCCCUACAGCAACGGCUUCCGGAACCAGAUGUAGAAAUGACAGAAGCAAAUAUGAGGCUUGAUGGAGCUGAAGGUGGCUAUUCUCAAACACUGGAACAUGAUAGCAGCUCCGGUGGAAGUGAUUUCGAAGAUGCUAAAACUGCAGAUAACGAUUUAGAUAUGGAAGAAUCUCCGGUUGUAGGGGUAGGCGGUGAAUCUAUGAAUGAAGAUGUGGAGAUUUCAGGUGAGCUAAUGAUUGAAAAGUUCAGCAUUGAGGGUGAAGAAAACUUGGGGAAUGCCUUGUCAGAGGCAAACAAAGAACCAAUGCAUAGUGAAGAACACUAAAAAAUCUGCUAGGGUUAACAUAAACAUCCCGGCCGUGAAGUAAGUUUUUAUUUAGUUGCUUCCUUUCUAUCUGUAAAAAGUUAGUUUUACUGUUAGCGGAAGGUUUUGUUUCCUAGGAUGGGAUGAAGGCAAGUUAGUUUUACUGUUAGCGGAAGGUUUUGUUUCCUAGGAUGGGAUGAAGGCAAGAUUUUUUUUUACUGGCUUGGGUAAGUGUUGUGGUGGAGAAAUCCCAACACCUGCAAAAAACAAUCUCCCAACUAGCUUAUUGUGUCAAUGGAGGGCUCAUUUGUAGACUGUAGUUGACAACAAAGUGUAGAAAUGCAUGAAGAGAAAAGUUCUUUUUAAUGCGUA